UUUGCACUCCUCUUUUUUCUAUCUCGUGGCCACGACAUAGCUAACUCGUGGCCACGAGAUAGAAAAAAGAGGAGAGCAAUUUAAAAAAAAGAGACGUGAAUGUUACCUCUAUGCCACCGUAAAUACGGGUGACAGCUAGUUUAUUUGAUUGAACAGUAUAAAGGUAAAUAGAUGAAAAAGCGUUUUGUUGGUUUAAUCAUUGGCGUCAGUUCUCUUUCGGAUGUUAGUUGAAAUUAAAAGUUUACUAAAACGAAGCAAGGGGAUAAUUGUAAGAUGGAAGGGGCUCCAGUGAAAACACGAUGUCCGAUUCUCAAGAUGACCCUGACUGGAAGUCUAGUCCUGAUUGUCAUACAGACCGCUUCGAUCUUCUACUACUGGGAGAGACUCGAUAAGCAGACGGAUCUGAUUCUCUGGGUCAACCCUCCAGACUACUUGCGACAACAUGACGCCUACCACCUAAACUUCGAUCACUGCAAGGUAAACCGCUGUUUGCUAACGUAUAACAAGGAACUUUUUUCGGAAGCUCGCGCAGUGAUCUUCAACGGCCAUGUCCUGGGAUAUAAACAAACGUCACAAGUACGUCACAAGGACCAACUUUGGGUGUGGUGGUCCAAUGCCCCGCCUUCGAACUACUUUCAAAAUGGAGACAGAUGGACUUACCCACCAUAUAGGGAGGGGUUCAAUCUCACAAUGACAUAUCACCACGGAAGUGACAUUAUAAUGCCUUUUGGUGCCAUCACAGUGAGUGACGUCACACAACCUCUAGACUGGUUUGCGGUUGCGGACAAGAAAUACAAGGAUGCCGUGUUUAUUGAAACCAACUCCUGCUUUGCCAGAUCGGAGAGGGGUGAGUAUAUUGAAACACUAAAAUUGUACAUCAACAUUGAAAUCUUCCAUGCGAACGACUGUCAUGACUCGAGGAAAGUAUGGCAUUGCGCAUCCCGGCACUAUAGUGACGCAUGUUAUGACAUCAUCAAUGAAUAUAAAUUCUAUCUUGCCUUCGAGGACGCUCUGUGCGAAGAUUACGUCACUGAUCAGUUUUUUAAGCAUUACAAUUACAACGUCAUCAUUGUGACCCGUACAGGAAACGUUAACAACAGUACGAGGAAAAUUCUUAAAGAUGCCACUUACAUCAACGCAGACGACUUUCGGUCGGCGCAUGAGCUUGGUGAAUAUCUCCAAGAACUUGGUCGCGACAUGAAGCGAUAUGCUAACAUUCUGGAGACCAAGAGCAGAACAAAAAGUGUGCCUUUUUCUUCGACUUACCAAAACGCUUUGUGCGAUUUGUGUGCGCAUGUUAGAAAGGUUCCGAAAAUACGCCACGAUGUGAUUGUCACUAAAUACGACAAUAUUCGUCAUUAUUUUAAUGAAGACAACUUUUGUAAAUACCCAUCGGAUCUGAAACCUCCUGUGACAAAACCGAUGAACAAAACGACUAAAACGACAAGCACUAAAACGUUAAUAUAUUAAAAUGUGUGUAAUCUUAAAAUUGUUUAGUUUGUAUUAGAGAUAAAAAUAUAGGUCGUGUAAAACGGGUAAUGUUCGCAGUAAAGUGGUGUCCCAGAUUAGAGUGUGAAGACUGCACGACAUUACAUUGUCCGAACAUAAACAGCAGUUCGAUAUAUAGUAUUAAGUUCAAUAUAUAGUAUUAGAUCGAUACAUAGUAUUAUGUUCAAAUCUUGAUGAAGUAUUAUAUAGGGCCUUUACUACAGGGUUCACUCAAAUACAAACACGAUAUUAUACAGGAUUGAUACCUUCUAGGUUUAACAAAACUCUGCAGUAAUCGUUAUCAAGGUAACCGAAUUUCUGACUGGAAACGACACGUACUCUUAAAGGGAUCUUUUCACGCUUUGGUAAAUUGACAAAAUUGAAAAAAGUUGUUUCAGAUUCGCACAUUUUCGUUUAAGUUAUGAUAUUUGUGAGGAAACAGUAAUACUGAACAUUUACCAUGGUGUAAUAUAGCCAUUAUAUGCAUCUUUUGACGAUUUUAAAACCUAAAAAUUAUAAAGCGUUGCAACGCGAAACGAUUGAAUAAUUUGGAGAGUUCUGUUUUUGUCGUUAAAUUUUGUGAAACUACGAAGAUUGCUUAUAUAAGGUAUAAAAUACGUCAAGUAUGUGUACUCGGCGGAAUAGCUCAGUAGGCUAAAGCGUUUUUACUUCUGGACUCUGGCCGGACUCCAGGGGUCACUGGUUCGAAACCUGCUCCGGGCAAUGUUCUUUUCCUUUUUUAAAUUUUAUUCUUGAUUUUUUACUGGAGCUUUUACGAUCCAAUGUUUACAUUUAUAAAUAUAAAGCAUUUAAUGAAUAAGUUAAAAAAUGCCAAAAUCUGUGAAAAGGCCCCUUUAAAAAGUGUAAGUUCUUGAAAUACGUGCAUUCAAAGAGGAAGAUUUAAAAUUAUUUAUUUAGAUAUAUAUUUACAAUACUAUGCAAUAUGAAAAGUGAUAGUAUGUAACAUACUAUUAAUAAAUAACAUUGUGCAACGCGAGGCCAUACAAACAUUUGCCAUCCUGUCACUGUACAUGUUCUAUAACAGGGCCAUAAACCCUUCUUUGCAAGAGGCCUCAUUUUCUUCCCCUUGACUCAAAAGGCCCUUUCCCCUACAGAAAUUUCUUUAAAAUCAUGCAUUUUCCCCUAAAAUUCCAAUCUACCUAAGUAUUUUUUCUUUCCCAAAGCCAGAUAAUUGUGUCUUUUUUCCCCGAAAAAAAGGCUGUGGCCGUUUCCCCAAAGUUGGUGUUUUGGCCCUGUAUAAUAUACACAUUCACGAUAAAUCCAGACGUAAUAUGCAUACAUAUAUUAUGAAAAUAUAUGCAUGUACUAAUUGUUAUUAUAUUUAUAUAUUCUACCAUUACGUUGUUGUCGUAGCCAUGCAAAUCAUAGAAAAAUGCGUUGUAUUUAUGUAUUUGCAAAUCAACAUUACGCUAGUACAUAAUGUAUGCUCGAAUAAUUUAACCCAUUUAUGCCUAGUGGACUUUCCCGUCCUUCUAAAUUGGAUCAAUUUAUAUCCAAAAUUAGGGAUGUCUAGUAUAUUUAUUUCUACAUUUAGAAAAUUUAUAACAUAAAUUCCUUAAGCAAACAGCCCAGACCCUGAUUAGACGCCGCAUCAUGCGGCGUCUCAUCUGGGUCUACGCUGUUUACCAAGGCCUUUUUUCUAGACGUUAGGCACAAAUGGAUUAAAAUACCGAUUUGUUGAAUAUACAAAUAGUAUGUUGUCGUUAUGGAAAAUCUGGGUUAAAUGCAUGUGCUUCAAGUGUCGUCCUAGAUUAGCCUGUGCAGUCAGAACAGGAUACUAUAGGACCGAACCUUUCCACCUGGACUGAGUUUACCUUUAGAAUAGACCUACUAGACGGGGAUUGUCGACUCUUAUUAGCCAGUGCGGACUGCACUUUAAGCGCGUAAUUAAAAACCAGUUUUCACAGAAAGGGCCCCAUAGUUCAGUAUUCAGCAAUACUGGUGUCAGUAAACUCGUGAAACAAGUACAAGAAAGUCCUUGGUAUGAAUACAUCGCAACAAUUCAAGUAUGUAUUUACGCUUCUAAGGUGUAUAUUAUCUGAUUAAUUUUAAUGAGCUGUCCACAUCCGUGAGUUAACCCAUUUAUGCCUUGUGGACUCUCCCAUCCUUCUAAAUUGGAUUACAUUAUUUCGAAAAUAAGGGAUGUCUAGUAUAUUUAUGCCCCC